AUGCCCAUGCAGUCCACCGUGCAUACCAAUAAAACCCCGUUUCAUGGUCCAAAAGCCCCAUUGGAUCGCCUUAGUCCCGAUAGUCGUCGUGCUUGUGAGCAUGAGCUUGGCGCCGUUGGUACCCCAGUGGUCUCGACUAGGGCGUCUUUGUCCCCACCUUCACCGACUCCUACCAGGGGAAGUGACGGCAUUGAGCGUCUGGCGGUGCUGUUGAAGGACUCCAUCAUGUCCUCUAUGGAGGCCAGGCUUAGUAAACUUGAGGACGAUAUGCGGAAUCAAAUCGGCACUCUGAUGACCCACGUUCAAAUGGUGGAUCAUAGAGUUGAAAUCGCCAGGAUUGAGCAGAAGGAGCUGGGGGAAGAGGUCCAGUCCAAGAUGCAAGGCAUACAGGACGUCCUCACUGUCCACCGUGGGCAAUUCCUCAACGCUGUGGCCACUGUUGAGAAGUCGGUAGCUAGUGCUGUAGCAGCUGAGCUUUCGAGAGGAUGUGUAUCACCCGCCCCUGUUGCUGCGCCCGUUGGAUCUUCCGUGGUUACCCCUUGUAGCCGCAACACGCCUGGGAGCCUGUCUGCCCAGGAGUUCACUCCACAGCGUUCGACGCCUCUCAACCAUGCCAUCGAUCUCUCUACCAAAUUGGCAUCAGCUCUCAGUGAGAGCGGAUUCCAUGUCCACCGCGAGGCCUUCAACUACAUCAUAUCAUGGGAUACUGACGUUUUGAAUCUGAGGAGAGGGUACCUCAUGUGGGCCUUCAAGGCGGCUGGCUUGCAUAAGGACGCUAUCCGUCCCUACCCACAUGGACCAGGCUUAUUGGACUGUAUGAUAUUGUUCAAGGCUGGCAUCAGAGAGCAUCACAUCCCAACUCUAGUGUCUUUCAUGACCCGUGUAGUGGAGAUAGCUGGCACGGCUCAGUCGACCUUGAUGGAUUCGGCGAGGAGGGAGACUGACGAGGCCGCUACCGCUAGAAUGUUCCGUCAGAUGGUCUCCCAAUACCCGGGCAUGGUGUCCGUUCGUGAGGAGUUGGGCCGUUGGGUAGCCAAUGAGGGUUUCGAUCCAGCUUUACUGUUGAUGCCACAUGCCACCAUCAAUCCAGCGCUAUAA